CUUCAUUACAUUUUGACCCCCCCUCCCCCUCCCACAAUAUCUUCAUUUCAAAUCUGCGGGGCCUCUGAGAUCUGUUGACAUCAUGGCAUCCCCUCCGACGUUGAUCCAUAUACAAGGCCACGCCACCAUCACCACGACCGCACAGCGAGCGGUGCUGAAUCUAGCCGCCUCCGACACAGGCUCGGACAAGGACCAAGUCUCCGGCCACGUGGUGUCGACCGUGAACGAGAUCCAAGGCGACCUGGACCAGCUGUGUCCGCGCCUGGAGAACGGCGACAUAUCCCCCGCGGCGCCCGUGAGCUUCUACUCGAUCGCCUCGCUCUCCAUCUCCGCGGCGGACGAAUACAACGGCAAAGGCGUCCGGCUGGAGAAGAAGCGCUACAGCGCCAACUCCAACAUCGCCAUCCACUUCCGCGACUUUGCCUGUCUGGGCCAGAUGGUCGUCCGCCUGUCGAGCAUGCCGCACGUCGAGCUGCGGGGCAUCGAUUGGCAGCUGGAGGAUGGGAGGAAGGCCGAGCUGGACGAGCAGGCCCGGUUGAAGGCGCUGCAGCACGCCAUCUCCCGGGCCCAGGCGUACGGGACCAAGAUCGGCAGGGACAAGGUCACUUGCGUCAAGAUCGAGGACGUGCAGGACAGUUGGCCGAUGGGCCGGGUCAUGCAGACCAAGCGGAAGGUCACGAGCUCUGCGACUUUUGAGGUUGGCGUGGGCAUCGAGUUCGAGCCGCAGCUUGUCGAGGUCAACGCAACGCUCGCCGUCGAAUUCCACGCCGAGAACUACUUAUAAGAGGAGGAGGGUUGGGUCAAUACCACCGCCACUACUACUACUACUACUACUACU